AUGGAACCAUUGGCAAUGCUGGACUUGGAGGCCUGGAAUCUAGGCAGUUAUACUUUCUAUGUCCUUCCUUUCCUCUUCCUCUUCCUCUUGCUAGUUGUGAGGCUGGAUGGAUUGGGGUCAAAUAUUUGGACUCUCCAGAGUUGUCCUAUAGACUUAACUGGGAAGACUGCUGUGGUCACUGGAGCCAACUCAGGGAUAGGGAAGGCUGUAUCCUGUGAGCUGGCCCGACGUGGGGCCCGUGUAGUCCUUGCCUGCCGGAACCUGAGCCAAGGGCAAAAGGCUCUGUCAGACAUCCAGAAAGCCACUGGGAGUAAGGAACUGCUGCUUCGAGAAGUAGACCUCAGUUCUCUGGCCUCCAUCUACAAUUUUUCCCAGAAGCUUCUUCAAGAGGAACCCCAUAUCCACCUGCUGGUCAACAAUGCUGGGGCCACUGGGCUGCCCCCAAGGAAACUUACCUCAGAUGGCCUAGAGUUGACUUUUGUGACCAACUACCUUGGGCACUUUCUUCUCACAAACUUGUUGCUAAAGGGCUUGCACCGAGCAGGCUCAGCCAGAGUGGUGAAUGUGACCUCUUUUCGACAGCAGUAUGGGUUUGUGGAUGAACAGCACCUGGUAGGGGCUGGGCACCACCUUACUUCAUCCAGUUCAUAUGACUGUUCCAAACUCAUGUUGAUAUCCUUCACUGUGGAGCUUGCUCGGAGACUUCAAGGGACAGGUGUGACAUCCAAUUCGGUGGAACCAGGGAUUGUGAAAACAGAGAUUAUGAAGAAUUACCACUGGUUGUUUCGCCUCAUCUUCUGGUUCUUGAGUAUCUUCUUUAGGACCCCUGAACAGGGGGCUGUUCCUGUCCUGUACCUGUGUAUAGCGGAAGAACUGGAUGGCAUUUCAGGAAAAUUUUUUAAUUCCAAAUGUAUGCUGGCGUUGCCUGCUAAGCCUGCCCAGGACUCUCAAGUGACUCACAGCCUCUGGAAUACCUCAGCCAGACUAACCAAUCUAGAGAAAUGGACCAAGAAAGAAUGACUCUUCAAAGAUCAAAUGAUCCCUGCCUCCCAUCAUUCUCAUUCUCACUGUAGUGACCUGAUGUGACUUGUGCCUCAUCACUGAACUACUCAGAAGACUUUUAAACUUUCAUUUGGUCUUAGCUAACUGAAAAGGCUGAGACUCUGCUUAUUGGAAAAUUUGUGCCUUCUCAACAUUUGUCAAUAAAUAGAUGAUGCCUUACGAUUUUUCAGUUGUUUAGGUUUAUGGUUGGGGGUUUUGGUUUUAUAAGAUUACUCACAUGUAUAGCCCAGAUUGAAUCACCUAACAGUACCACAAGGGAAGAGAGAAGAGAAGGAG